GGGAAUUGCCGUCUUCAACACACACAGCAACGAGUCACAGCCUUAUGAGGUCUGUUUUGGAAUCAUGUGAUGAUCUGUAAUCAUAUCCAAUUGCCAGUUUAUUGCUAGGAAGCAUCGCAUUGUCUUGCGGUUCAGACUGACAUCAUUUCCUCGGGCUCCUGGCCGUUGUGCCGUUCGAGUCUUCAUAUCGGACGCGCACCAGCUUUUCGGUGUCUGGUUUCUGGCACCAUAUCAGCAUAGCCACGCGCUGGCGUUAUUGUCUUGUAGGGUUUCAACAGUCACUCCCUGCCUCACACCUCCGUACGAUCGGACCCCCAUUGUCAAACCAAUCCAAAAGUAUUCACUCAUCAUGCCAAUUACCCGCAAUGUCGACACAAAGAACAAUGAAGCGCUUGGUGGUGCUCGUAGACGGGGCUGAAGAGCGAUACGGCGAAGCGCAACGAGAAUCCAGCAUCAAGCGGCUACACAGUCUGGUCACGGAUGGACUCAUCACUGGUUCUGCUGGACAGAACAUAAUCCAGACUAGAAGAUAUUACACAUGUGUUGGCAAACCACCUAAACUUGCCGACAAGUUUAAGGUAAAAAUAUACGGCGAUGAUACGGACGUCAAAAUCAAGAGCAUUGUUAAAGACAUCUGCUCAACGCUUGAGUCGCCGGAAGAUGAGCUGUAUCUCUUUGGCUCCGGCCAUGGCUCCUUCGUCGCACGAGCAGCAGCGGGAGUGAUACAUCACAUGGGUUUACCUCUAAGAGCGUCUCUGACCAGAUUUGAUGAUAUCUAUGACUGUACGUGUGCUCUGCAAAAGGCUCGAGCUGAGGACGACAACAAAAAUGGACCGAGACUUCUUGAAUCGAUUCGCCCAUACACGGGUCAAGCGCCCCGGAUACAGUUUGUGGGGCUUUUCGAUAGCUUCAAGAUGAGCUCAACGACAACUACUUACGAGACUGGAUUUGUCACAUCAAUCAAGCAUAUUCGCAUGGCAUUGGCGCUCAACGAAGCGCGCUCUGGCAGAGGUCCGGAUUUGUUAAAGCACGGCAACUUGGAUAUGAAUGAGCACUCGUUCAUACAAGCCUGGUUCAUCGGGUCAGUUGAUGAUAUGUGUGGCGGCGUACAGCAUGAUGGGCUUUCAUUGUAUCCACUGCAAUGGAUGCUGAUAGAAUCGAUGAAAGCCGGCCUGGCAAUAAGCCCCAUAGAUGAGCCAGCUGUCAAGACCGAAAGUCCAUUGACUCUUGUCUUCCCUCAAUAUGCGGGAGGAAUGCCCAAUUUAGACGAUAGCGAGGACAUACAUUGGAGCUUCAAGUAUACCAAUGGUAUCCAAGUCAGCAUGUUCGAUUUGCAAGCAGCACAUGCGGGCACGACGACAAAUCAAUCUGGUUCACAUAGCCUGAGACUUGAUAACGAUUGCUUUUCUCGCACAACACUGCGCAAAGUUUUCAGUUCCACGAGCUUGAAAGGCUGGAAUCCCACAGGUGCUUACGGAACAAUCAUUCACCUUUCCGUCUUCUGCAUCCUUGACAGGUUCCCGAAAUACCUGGAGCUCAACAGUUUCAAGCCACUAAAGAGAAGCCUUGCAGACUAUCAGGCAGAUUGUGUACUUGACAAUGCCACUUCCCUGCCACCCUGGCUUCAAGGCAUGCAGUUGCAAGCUAGUGGUGUAAAAGCCUUCCGUAUUUUAGUUUGCGGGAAAACAGGGGUCGGCAAAUCGACCCUAAUAAACAAGGUGUUUGGUGUUGAAAUGACUGAGGAAUCUUUGUCUUACGAUCAAGGAGUUCAUGACAUCAACAAAGCCUUUGAAUCACCGAAGCACCCCGGACUUCUGAUCCACGACUCGAGAGGUUGGCAAGCUGGAAGUGAUACAGAAUUAGAACUGAUAGCGAAAUUUCUCCGUCAUCGGGCAUUUCAAAAAGACGCAGCUGAGGCACUGCAUGUGAUCUGGUUCUGUGUAGAUGCCGAUGUGAGUCGUAUCGAAGAAGCGGACAAAAAGACAUUUGAGACUAUUUCCCAGUUUUCUCAUGAUGUGCCGGUAUUUGUGGUUGGCACUAAGAAAGACAAGCUAGUUGGGUACCGCAAGAUGCAGCUUUUGGAAGAAUACAUGGCGAAAUCGGGAGACUAUAAAGAAGCCAUUCGACUGGCGAACGAAGAAGCGAAUCAGUCAGCCGAGGAUCAGUUCUCGCAGCUUCGAUCGCAAUUGUCACAGAUCAAGCACUACAAAGCUGAUGGAUACUGCUGUUUGUCUAAGGACGAUGACAUUGGCAUCAAGAGUCUUAUCACUCAAACUCUUGGUCUCAUUGCCGACGAGCGGGUCCGUCUCUUCUGCGUAGCUGCGCAAGUCGUCGAUGUGGACCAAAAGAUUAACUCAGCAAUAACAGAAUGUAUGAGAUUAGGAACUCAUGCCAUCCGAACUGCCGCCGUGCCUCUUCCAUUCUCCGGCAUGAUUGGUACACCAACUGUCUCACGGCUUAUUUGCGAACAUGUUCUUCAGUGCUUCGGUUUCCCAAAAGCCACGCCAGCAGAAGUGGAGGCCAUCAUGACCAACGUCGUGAUGGUGAAUUUCAAGAAGUUCAUGACUGUUUCGUUAACGCAGUUCGUCGUGAUCUCUGCUGUCACCCUUGGCGUCGGAUUCGCGACUGCGGGCAUCGGUACUAUCCUCGGAAUAGCUGGUUGCUUGCUCAGCGUGCCACCGGCGGCAAGAAUGUUACUGAAAUGCUCAUGUGACAUGAUACUGAUCCUUGAGCGAUCCUUCCGGUACGAAGGCAAGUAUGUUUCGGUAAAGCAGAUUGAGGAUGCCGCGCGAUAUUACACAAGUACGACAAUCAAGACCUUUGCUGGGAAGGAUAAACGAUUACAACAACAGGUUCACGAUUCUAUCGAUGAAAUGAUUCCGUUGAAAAAGGUUCAUAUCGGUCUCAAGUUUAACAAACUGAGGGGGAAUGUCGAGGAUAUAAUUUACGCCAGCCGAUUCGGAAAACCACCUGAUUAUCCCGCUUCACCCGCAUCCUCAUCGAUCAACACAAUGAGUCCAAGUUUCAGUAGAGCGCCAACUGAGUUGACCGGGUCGCCGAGAACUCUAUCAGAUCUUCAUUUCAGCUCUUUUGCCUCCGAGCUAGAGGGUGACACGGCGCCGAUCUCCAACUCGGUGACUCUGCGACUCGACUCGGAAAAGGUACUCGGUUCUCUGAGUGAUCUAGGGCUGGGAGCAGAUAACCCACGUGGUGCAGUCUCGGGAAGACCGGCUGAGCUAGAAGCGCGCAGGUCAUCUCGAUCUGCUGUGGAGUUGGAGGGUGAUACCUUGAUAGGCAGUCCUCGAGAAGAAUUGCCUGGAUCUAUGCCAACAUUGUUGAUACAGCCAAGCGAAGCUCCUUCCGUAUCAAAGUCGAAAUGGAAACCUUCGUGGUUGCGCUCGAAGAAGUCGAAGAACAAGUUAUAACGCUUAUCGAUCAACGUAGUUGGAAUAGAGUACAUAGGAUGAUAGGAAACAUAAUAUAUUGCUGCAUUAGUC